AUGCAUGUGUCAGAGUCCAUAAGAGAGUGCGAGUACAGCCAGAUCAGUACUCGCAGCUCGACACCGAUGGAGACCCCGUACAAGAAAAGGACCCCAAAGAAGAGGAAGUGGGAGAUCUUCCCGGGGCGGAAUAAGUUUUACUGCGAUGGCAGGAUUAUGAUGGCCAAGCAGACGGGGGGUUUCUACCUCACCCUUAUCCUCAUUCUAGUCACUUGUGGACUUUUCUUCACCUUUGAUUGUCCGUUCCUGGCGCAGCAGUUGACUCCAGUCAUCCCGUUCAUAGGAGGUGUGCUGUUUCUGUUUGUGCUGGGGACGCUCCUGAGAACGAGCUUCAGUGACCCCGGAGUGCUGCCCAUGGCCACCCCAGACGAGGCCGCCGACCUGGAGAGGCAGAUAGAUGUGGCUGAUGGCGGUACCGGCUACAGUCCCUCUCCCAGGACUAAGGAGGUGGUCAUCAACGGCCAGACAGUCAAGCUGAAGUAUUGCGUCACCUGCAAAAUCUUCAGACCACUGCGUGCCUCCCAUUGCAGCCUCUGUGACAACUGUGUGGAGCGCUUCGACCACCACUGUCCCUGGUUGGGGAGUAAGUUAACAAAGGCUGCCGCCACCCUCCUACUACAGCACCAGAGCAGCGAGCCCGUCAUCCUAACCACAUUCCCCGAAAACGGAGGGACGCUACCUGGCCGUGCCUCCCUUGCCCUGACAGGGCCCUGCACCUCGCUGCCCCUCGGCCAGCCCACCCCGCCGACCUCCACCUCCAGCUUAAGCUGCCACGAGGCGGCCGACAAGCUGCCGGUCCAUGGACACACCCUCACACACAACCACAGCAACCCCCUGCAGGAGUCGGUGUUCCAGCACCACUUCCUUACGCCAGAGGAAGUGCCGACGCCGCCCGGCAUGCUUCACUGCGGCAGCCCCAUGGGUCACAGCCACACCAUGCAGGCCGGCUUCUACGACCCGGCCAGCCAGGAUUCGCUGCACUGACUCUGUCAGAGGGCUGGUGAAGCUCAGCUCCGUCUGACGCCCCUAAUGAAAACACUGAGAUCACUCCACCUCCAGCUUAAGCUGCCACGAGGCGGCCGACAAGCUGCCGGUCCAUGGACACACCCUGGACACACCUUUUUCACUUUAUGUUCAUGCUUUCUUAAUCUCUUCUGUUUCUCUACUACUUCCAUUUCUAGCCUUCUCCCUUUUCAUCUCGGCUUUGCCUUCGUCAGUUUUUAAGGUAAGCUCCAAAAAGACACACAAAGCAUUUUAUUUUCAUUUUGAAAAGAAAAAAUCUUACAAUUCAUCAUAUUGUCAUGUAACUCACAUGAUUAGAAUGGCAUUAGCUCAGCGUUUUGCAUGGCUCAUGAGCCUGAUCUCCUCCUCCAGCUUUCUCACCAUGUUGACAAACCCCUCACCAUGGAAAGCUGCUUCUCUUUAUUCUCUUCUGUUUCUGAAGCUUUCUUUCUUUCUUGACUUGUAAUCUACAGAUGUUUACAGAUUUGUGGUGUAUUCAAAAUGUUUUAUGUUCAUUGAGGGAGGAUGGUGCACUUGUUUUGCGUUUUUAGAGUACUAUUAUUAUUCAGUGUGUUUGUUUUGCUACCUACACGUGGACCUAAGUGUGUGUGGGUUUGGGUGUUUUUAUUGUGAUGUUUCC